UCGGCCAGUGUCGGCUCGACGUUUGCCUUGAACGGAUUGCCGUCUCGUGCGAAUCCAGUGUGCAUCGGUUCACGUGACAACGAAAUAGAGAAAUUGCGUCGUCGAAACAGCAAUAGACACAACUAUCUUAGUACGUAAUAAACGAACGAAUAGCAUUAACGCAUAAACGCGAGGGUGGCACCUUUUGACGUUGUACGGUGUGUGUUGAUAGUUUCUUUUCUCACGCUAGAAGAGUAUUCUUAUCGUCGAAGCUCCGAUUAUAUAAAUGCUCGAGUUACAAAAUACUGAGAACAGUAAUUUUACGUGGUUACUCGUGGGGCACGUUACGUUACGCCUUUCUUUAUUUGUGCUCUGAAAGCUCCAUCUGGAAUCGCCACUAUCGACGUUACUUGGUAGUACUGGGCUCUGAACACCUAUAGGCAGGCUGUCAUUGCUCCUGGAUUCUCGUCGCCUCGAAAGUGGCAGUUCGUUUGCAAUGGGGUCUUAUCGCUGUUAUCAUCGUGGCAUAUCAACCAAAUCGAUACUGUCUAGGCCAUGCCCCCCGUCUAUCGUCAGGAACCAUGAUAAGGUGACGGUACGAUUUGGAUUCGAGGCAGGUGACUAAACUGUAGCGCGAAGAGGAGGGGCGAAGAUGGCCAAAGGAGCCGAGAGACUUCCGGGAACUUCCACGAGGAUCAGGACGAAGGAUGAUGGUUGCUGUUCCGUAAACUUCCUCAAAUAUGUUUUGCACAUUUACAACGUGGUGUUCUUCUUAUCCGGUCUCGUUGUGGGUGGAAUCGGCAUCUGGACCGUUGUCUCGAAACACAGCUACGUCGCGCUGAUGGCGACCUCGACCUAUCCAAUUUUGGCUUAUGCACUGAUUGCGGCCGGUGCACUUGCAGUAAUUGGCAGUUGGCUGGGAUGCGGUGGCGUAACCUCCGAGAAUCGGUGUAUUCUCUUAGUGUACAUCUUCGUCGUGAUGGCCGUCCUCGUCCUGGAGGCUGGGGUCGGAGCUUUGGCGCGUCUCUACGAGGAACAGGUGGCGCCAGAAUUGAAGAUGACUCUGAAUCGCACGUUUCUCAAGACAUAUUCUGUCAGAUCGAGGGAAACGGCAGCGAUCGAUCAGAUGCAACUAGAGUUCAAAUGCUGCGGUGCUCUGAGAUUCGAGGACUGGCUGGCAAGUGAAUGGCACAAGGACGAGGAGGUCCUGAAGAACGGGAGUCUCGUUCCCGACAGCUGCUGCAAGACGCCGACGUUCCUCUGCGGGCAGCGUGAUCAUCCUUCGAACAUACAGUAUACCGGUUGUAUCUACAAGUUUCUCGAGACAACGAAGGAUCACCUUAUCAUACUUGGUGCUGUGGGUCUUGGUCUUUCCGUACUGGAAGUGUUUGGCAUAGUUCUCGGUUCCUGUUUGUAUAUCAAACUGCGGCAUGACUUCGAUGACUGAGAAUUACUUCCGUACGACAACAACAACGGUCAGACACCGUACAGAUACGGACACAAUCGAAGUUUGUAAAUCACUAUUGAUCGCGAAGGACUCAACCCAUCCUUGACGAUAGAGCUGGACCAGGGGGAUUUCAUAGGUGAUCGGAUGUGCGAUUGUUAUGUGCGCGACGGCGAUGGAUAGAAGCGUUUGAAAAUGUGCGGCUAAAAAAUAUUUUACCACUAUAUUCCGAGAGACAGAGAGAGAAAGAACAGAGAAAUUUAUUAUUAUAUUAUAGAAAGAGAGAGAGAGAGAGAGAGAGAGAACGUGGCUGCAGAUCCACUAUGUGGUUAUCCCAUAAUCUUUGGGUCUCCAGAAUCGAAAAUAAACAUAGCAAUCUUUUAAAAUAGUGCCUAAGUAGUAUCUCCGACUUAUUAAAAAAGUAAUGGAGCAAAUUGGUAUUUUUCUUCAUCAAUUCAUAACAAUUUUGCUAAUGUGUUUCUAUCGAAGUCGGGAAAAAGGUACCUGGCAUUUACAGUAGGGGUAUGCAUUGCGAAUGUACAUUUCACGAUAUGUUACUAUCACUUGUUAAUUGAAUAAUGAUGAAGCAAGCACGAGAGAAAGCCUACAAACAAUGUCAGAUCUGAAUUGAGGCGUUUUGACUCAUUCCCGUGCCUCCUCUCGUGUCGCAGUCAAACGCGAUUGAUCAUGCGACAAUAUCGUAGCCUAUUAACUCCGUGUGUGUUCAUAUGCGAGAAGUACAUGUAAAACGUGCCAUAAGUAAGAGUUUAUCCAUUGAGAUACGCUCCAAGGAGAAUAGAGGGUGAUCGCGUGUAUGGGUGUUACGAGAAUGCGUAAAUUUAUCCAAAAGAUAACAGUUGCCUCUCCUAUUUUUUAUCAUGUGUCAAAUUCAUUUGCGUGAAUUUCACUACGGGAAUGCACAUUUGAAAAAAACUGUACAACAGUGCCUUGAAAAUCGUGUUAAGUAAGAUAUAUUUUUAAAUGCAAACGGACGGUUCGUUUCUAUAUUAUUAUAAUUAUAUACAGAUUGUGCAAUGGGAUAGUGCACGUAUAUCAUAUACACAUAUGCACGCGUUACGUUUGCCUAUAGAUACAUGCGUCUACAGAAAGGAAAGAAGGACAAAAAAGGGUAAAUGAAAAGACAUGGAUAGAGAAUAUUGGAAAAGGUACUAAAAUACAUUAUUUAUUUGUUCCCUUAACUUUGUUUCGUAGGAAAGUACAACAUUUUGUUUGUCUUUUUUUUUCUGUGUAUGUAUUUAUUAAGUUCUUUUAUCUCUGUCAAAAUGAUGUGAAUAUUUUAAUAGUUGAUUGCGUGGACGUGACUUGUUUGGCUAUAUCGUGCGGAUAUCGUGUGCCUAUAUGCAUAUGGGCGUAUCAUCGAGAUGACCAAGUAAAUAAUGUAUCUCAGCAUUUGUUCGUCAUGUAUUAUUAUUAUUAUUAUUGUUAUUGUUAUCGUUCAUGAAAUUAUUAAUAUAAUCAUAUUCUGAAGCAUGUACGUACCGUUAGUGUUUGGGUAAACUUUAUAAAUGUUGUACAUAUCAAAUGCUAUUCUGUUAUAAAUAAACUUGCGAAUUAUUGUA